CUCCUCCUUCUCAAGCGGCUGCUGAAAGCGACAGAGCUCCUCUCUUCUCCCGUCCUCUCCUCACCUCGCUCCAUCUCGCUGAUAGUGUGCGCACAUUCUCUCAAGUUGAGCCCAGAGACGCGUCACUCGCACAGCAAGCGGAGUGAAGCGGUCAAUGGAUAGACAGGAGGAAGAGAGAAAACAAGGAGAGAGGACGGAGCACUGUUUGGAUUUUCUUGAAGACAUUCGAUUUCAAGUGUCAGAGUUUUGCCUUCACUUGUAGUUUCAAAAUCGUCUCGGACGUGGACUUUUUAGAAAUAAAUAUCUGGUUCGGGUUGGCUUUAAACUUUGCAGGAAAAAGUGCGAUGAAGUCAGUGACAGCUUACCCAAGCUUUAACCGUCCCGUUUGGAUACACGAAGCAUAAAAGCGCGCCGGUUGAAAAGCCCAGCGUUUGGAAAAAACUGCUUUGAGUCACUCGAAUUUUUGUUCUUUGAUUUUUUUGUUUUGUUUUGCUUUUUUCCUUUGCAAGAGAUGAUUAAACGAGCGAACAGUAUGCACAGGAAAUGCCAUUCGGGAAUUUCUUGUUAUUUCCAACUACAAAAGGAUUUAUAGUUUUUCUCCCAAACCUCAGCAGCGUGCCGUUUGUUCGGUCAAUCAGAAGUGGAGAGCGCAGUGCGGUCAGGAUGAGAGCGUUUAUGGCACCGACGCGACAGCGAUCCGAAAGUUGGAACAAGACAGAAAUAGUACGAGCUGAGAAAAGAAGAAUAUACGAGACUCCCCGUUUGUCCAUUCUGCGAACAUUCCCACUGGCCUUCAUCCGUCAGGAAGGUAUGGAGACGGUCGGGAGAGGGACAGGCGCGCGGGUGGGAUGUUGCCUUUGGAAGACCGUUUUAAUUCUCGUCCUGUGGAAAGUGUCUGACAGCUCGUUAGGAGCAGCAGGGGGUGGACCAGGCGCAGGACCGGACUUUUCCCAGCCUCGUUUCUCCUCUUCCCUCCCGACCUAUCUCCCAGUCCAAUGCCAGCUAAGCGGCACUGACUCUGCCUUCUUUCUGCGGGAAGCUAAUCAGGAGGUCAUGCGAAAUGGAAGCCUGUCAUCACGGACUGAGCCAUUCUUUCUUCACCAGCUGGAGCCAGGCAUUGCUCCACAGUCCCAGCCCAGUGUCAGUUGCAGCUAUGGAAAUCUGAGCAUCGAGCAAAUGAUCCCAACCGAGCUUCUUCGAGGUCCUCAGCCACAUUUGCUGACCUCAGUCAGUCAGGUGACGAUGAACUGGAGGAUCAAAGGUCAAGUGGUGGUCCAUAAAGUGGGGUCAACAAGAACAUGGAUUCAGGUACUAUUUUAUCUGAUUGGACGCCGCUGGGAUGAGCCUGACCCACUUCCUAGAUCCAUUCUGCCAUGUGUCCGCGCCUUGGCCGUACGUGACAUCAAUGAACCAGCGCCUUCAGCAGGCUGCCGUCUCACGGGGCAAUCUGGCAUCUGUGUGGUCCGUCUGGAGAUUCCACCAGCUUGGUUUACACCAUCACAAGGGAGAAAAAGACCCCUCGAAGUAUCUCUACCAUCAGUGGAUGUGUACUACUCAAUCAUCCCAGUGGAAGGGGCUGGUCAAGAAUGUCCAUCCAUUGUAAAUGAGCCAUGGAAAGCUCAGAGUUCAAAUGUCGGGCCUCUUGGAGGCCUGGGGAUUGGUCUUGGAGGACAGUGGGGUACUUUGGACGAUGGAGGCCUUCAGGACAUGAUGAAAGCUGGUACUGUGGAGAUGAGCAUUGGCCCAGUUUCUGCUAAGGGAGAAAGACUGCAAUUAGAUGAGAACCUGGAGGUACUUGUACCACCAAGUCCGCUUCGACUUGGCAAAACAGUGGCAUUUGGCAUAUACAUGAAGACAGAUUCAAACCUGGAACACUUCACAUUGAGGGUGAGGUUCCAGCCAGGCAUCAACUUCCUCGCUGUGAAACCCAGCAACCUCGUCGCGUGGGAGAUCAAACAGGAAAUGGCACCGGGAAGCAGUUCGUUGGCAGUGGAUUGUCAAAGAAAGGCCUCCUCCACAGCUGAGAGAUUGGACAGUCACUCGUAUGAAGUAAUGCAGCUGGACUUUGAGGUUGACAACGUGAUUAAUCUGAAGCCAACCCAGACUUUGCGCUGGACUGUGGAAUACUCCGCUAACGCACAGACGGCUUUGAAGCAAACAGAACAAGUUUCCCACCUCUACAUUAGCAAUUCCGACAUCCAGGGCAUUGUGCCACUGGCAGAGGACACAGAGGUGGUGAACACAGCCAUUCUUACAGGUAGACGUGUAGCAGUGCCCAUUAAAGUGGUUACAGUGGAAACAGAUGGGCAGGUGAGGGAGGUGGACGAGCCGAUCACCUGCGCCUCCACAGAUGUGGAUGUGGUUAAGGUUUCCUUAAACUGCGACCAGGUUCUGGUGAACGGCAAAGAAAUGCGGGGUAGACAGUCCCUGGCAGUAAACUUCACCUACCUCCACCUGUCUGCUCAGCUGCUGCUCACUGUCUGGGUUCCCAAGCUACCCCUGCAGAUAGAUGUGUCAGAUACUGAGCUGAGCCAGGUCAAAGGCUGGAGGGUGCCGAUCACCACCAACAAGAGACCCACCAGGGACAGCGAGGAUGAUGAAGAUGAUGACAGAAAGGGUAAAGGCUGCACCCUACAGUACCAGUAUGCUUUGGUGCGAGUUCUCACUCAUUUUGUUGCUGAACCAUCUGACCCUAGAGGGGAGAUGGUUUACAUGUUGGGUACUGACUGGCAAGCUGAUAUCACUCCUUUGGUCUUGGAACAAUUGAAGGUUGAAGAGCCACGCAUUGCUAGGCUUGUAGAUGGGCAUAUUUUAAUGGGACGUGACCUAGGCAUUACUACUAUACAAGUCUUGUCCCCUUUGUCUGAUUCUAUACUGGCAGAGAAGACUGUGACAGUUCUGGAUGACAAGGUAACAAUAACAGACCUGGGAGUCCAGCUGGUUGCAUCCUUGUCUCUCAGUAUGACAGCGAGUCCUGGAAAUUACCAAGCAAUACAGCUAACAACUACAGCUACAGAUCUGCUUCACACACCUAAACAGGAAGCUGUGGUUAGUGCAUGGAUUCAUUACAGUGAUGGCUCAGUGACACCUCUUGAUAUCUAUGAUCCCAAGGACUUCCUUCUCUCAGCUGUCUCACUGGAUGAGAAUGUCAUCUCUGUAACCAAUCAGGAGCAGCACUGGCCAAUUAUAGUGGCUGAGGGAGAUGGACAGGGUCCACUGUUUCGUGUGGAAAUGGUCAUUUCUGAAACUUGCCAGAAGUCCAAGAGGAAGAGUGUGCUGGCAUCUGGAGUGGGUAAUGUGGUCGUUAAGUUUGGAGCAAACAGCGACGAGAGAGGUGGAGCUGAGGAUGGUGGAGGGUUAGAAAACAGCACCAGUGAGCAACGGACAAAUAAUGGAGGGGAAUGGAAUUCCGAGAGUGUGGCUGUGGACCGAGAAGAAGGAGCUAUGAGGAAGGUUAGCACAACAACUAAAAGCACAGUUACCCACCGUGCUUCAGGUGGAAGAGCCGCUGGUGGUGGCAACAGCGGUCGGGGAGGGUCAGGUCAAGGCGGGGACUAUAGUAAGAAUCCAGUACAAGUGGAAGUUCCAGGAACUGGGAAUGGUGAGCUGACCCAGACCACAAGAGGCCUGUCAGACCUGGAGAUUGGGAUGUAUGCUCUUCUGGGAGUAUUCUGUCUGGCCAUAUUGGUCUUCCUCAUCAACUGUGUCAGCUUUGCAUUCAGGUACCGACACAAGCAGGUUCCUGUACUGGAAGCAGGCGGUAACAUGAACCAUGCCCAUGACUGGGUGUGGCUUGGCACUGAGGCUGACCUCUUAGCUGACCAUGCUGACCAAUGCCAGGGCCUACCUGAUGAAUGCACUACCAUCAUUGACAGAAACGAAGGAGGAUAUGAGGAGAGCAAGUACCUACUGAAUGGUGCUGGGAACACUUUGGUAAUGGGUGUAGGUUCUGGCAUGGGCACAAUAAGUGGUGGCAGUGGCAGCACAGGUGGACUGCGGGCAAUGGCCCAUGGACAGACCUUGCCUAGGUCUAUCCCAGAACCCCAUCAGUGCCUUUCUGCAAUCACUACUGGUGGGAAAGAUGCCACUGGGCAAACAGAGCAUCUGAAUAAUUCCCCCAGAGCUGCGGCUGCAGCUGCAGUUGCUGCUGCCAAGCGCAAACGAGUCAAAUUUACAUCCUUUGCCACCGUUUUGCCCAGCGAUAAUUCGGGUAGUGGUGGCCAGUAUGUCAACUCCUCAGUUCUUGUGACCAAUGGUAAUGAGGAUGACAUUAAGUGGGUGUGCCAGGAUAUGGACCUGGGUCAGUCUGAAAUCAGAACCUACAUGGAGAGGCUGCAAGACAAUCUGUGACUGACCGGGAGAGAAACUGAGCAAUAGAGAGGCAGAGGAUGUGGGCUGGAGAAAAGAUGGACAAAGAGUACAAUUCACCUGUGAUGCCUUUGCAGUGGAUUAAUAAAGGGUCAAGUGAAGCGAAAAAUGUGAGAGCAGUAAAAUGAAAAAUAGUGAUAACCUAAAGGUUUUGGACACACAGCUUAAGGGUUCCUAACCUUUGGCUCCCCUAAAGCAAAGCAGAGUAGAAAGUCAUCACUAGCUCACACUAAAAGUAACAGUAGCAAACAAUAAGUAACAUUCAGAGUUCGUUUUGUGUUACUUAUUGUGAAAAUCAUAGUGUAAAAAUCAGCAAUGGUCACUAUUGGUUAUGAGUGUUUACUUUCAGAAAACCAGUAAACAACUGUAUUCAUACAUUAUCGAUUCAGGGUAUGUUAAUGGACAAACUUUUGUAAGCCACUAUACAUUUGAACAAAGAUGUUGACAAACUUUGAUCUUGUAAUGACGUCACAAGUCUUUGAGUUUUUUUUUUGUUUUGUUUUUUUUUACUUAUUUAUUGCCAUUGUUGGCUAAGGCUGUUGAGUAAAUAUUCUAUUUAAAAAUAUAAGCAAUUUACCUGCCAGGACUCCUGAAUGGUUAACCAACCACUGAUAUCACAAAACAACAGAUGUUGACUUAUCAUUUCCCCGAUUUCAUUUUGUUAUUACUUAUGAGUAUAAUGCGAGUUAAAAAUAUAUAUAUAAAUAUAUUUCAAGUAUUUAACAGAAAAUUAACAAAUUUUUUAGUCAGCAGUCCAGAUAAAUCAGACCUUUUUUCAGGAAAUCACAUUCUUUCUACAAACAACAACUCUGAGAGAUUGAAAAGGACAAGUCACGAGAGACUGUUUCAUCCUUGGAUCCAAGACAUACGUUUUUAUUCUUGCACAAUUAAAAAUAAGAAAGGACACUGGCCAUUUUUAAUGGGGCCUCAUUUCGUGAACCCUGCAGCCAAUGACUGCUCUCUCCCCAUCAGAAACAAUGGUGAUAUCCCCUUGCCUCUCUCCUCGUCUGUGAUUUAGCAGAACUAGAACAAACUGUGGAACACAGUCAGAUACAUUCUGCAAACCAAAAGGAGGGUGAAGUAAAAUGAAAAUGGCUUGGACUUUGCAAAACCUGGCUAAAAACGUAAUGAGAACUCUGAAUGAAGACAUCUAGCCUGGCUGGAAGAGGUUUGUGUAUUACACGGAGUUACCAGGAAGUACUAAAUGACAUUACAGUAUGACUGAAAAGGAAUGACUAACUAAUAGAAAUGACUUGAUAUAUAGGGAACAUACUUUCCAUGUUACCAUAAAAAUAUUUCGUCUUCUGUUUCUACUUUUUGAUAAAUAUGUUUUUAUUAUGUUUUCUUUAUUUUUUUUUAAAGUCAAGAAAUAUUUUAAAUUGUAGCUUUUAAUUUUAAAAGUCUAUUCAGAUUUUGAGAAUAUAUUAUUCUUUUGUUUUAGACACUGUUUCUAUUUAUUUAAAAUUGACAUCUGGAGGGUGAGGAAGAAAAGGAAUUCCAAGGACAAAGACAGCGAGUAAUGGAUAGUCUGCUGGUGAAUGAUAGCACAUAUAAAAGAAUAAGUGGCAGAGAUUGGAAGACGGAGCAGGCAGAGGUUGCCUCACCUUCGUUAAGCUCAGGUGACCAGUCGUGAAGAAUUCGACUACAAAAAGGAGAACUGUAAGAUUGUUCAGAUUGCAAUAUUUAUUUAUAAACGUGUUAUUGUUUCAGAGUACACUGUAUGUUGUAAAUAAAUAAACAUGCUUCAAAGUGCUUGUGAAUAAGAUUGGAGGUCACUAGCCAACACCAUGGUGACAUUUUGUACAUUUUAUGGUGCAAAUGACAGUACAGAAUACUACCUACAGUUUCACCACAAUGUGAAAGUGAUCCUACUGGUUCUUUCCUAAAGUUGUACCUGUCUUUGUUUGAAGUAUUGAAUUAAUGAAUGUACAGGAUAGAAAUCAGUUUUCUCCUAUAAUGAGAUGUAAAAAUGGAGGCAAUCCAUCAAAUGUUAUAGUUAAUGUCUCUUAAGAAUAAUGAGUCUGAGGAGUCCAAUUCAUGAAGAAAACCAAACCAAAUGUUGCGAUGUUCAUCAGUGGGCACCGAGGGUCUCCAUUUUAUUAAUUUCAUAGGGAAUAAAUAUUAUACUUAAACCUUAGUCACUGAAAUCACAGCCUAAACUAUUGGAUUUUAAAACAGCAACAACUGUGAAAAAACUAAACUUAAUCAAAAAAAUAACUUAAAUGGGCUGGGAAGCCUCUACCAAAGCAAUAAAUAUUUUUGACUGAUCACUAUCUUCUGGACACAUUACUGUAUCUAAAAAAAUGCCAAAAUAAAUACAAGUUUGCUGUAAUAAAAAAUGAGAAGUCCCACAAGUUGAUGGUUGCUAAUAGUUCCAUUUUUUCAGAAGGAAAGACCUUUUUGACUAAAAACAUUAUGUGAGAGUAAUAACACUUUCCAGCCUCCUUCUGUUUUGAGCUCUAAAGUUGUUUUGAAUUCAUGGGAUUUUUUUAGAUCAUAUUUUGAGGUUGUUUGGGGCAUUUAAAUUGCAAAAAUGCAGAUAAAAUGUAAGUAGCUUGAAAAGUCAGGGGGGAAUAAAGGUUGAUAAUUUGCUUAGGUCUCCUUCAUAUUAGAUGAAGACUGCUGAACAGUCUGUGGGACCUCCGUGACCAUUCCAGUGUGAAGGCAAUCAUGACACUUCUACACUCUUUUGUACUUGCACAACAACUUUUUCUUGCUCUCUUUUUCAUUGUUCUCAUCCUUUAACCUCUUCAAUAAACAUAAUACCCAGA